ACCAAACCAGCCCGAUGAUGAUGAAUACAUUGGAAAGUUUUUUUGGCCCUGGUGAGGGUGUCAGAUUGAAUGCUCUGUGCGCAUGUGCGAAGGUGUCCAAACUGACAAUGCUGGGGAGAUGAAGAUAGUGUGUAGCUGCUUCUGGGCUCAAGGAGGAGGAGAGGAAUCCACACGCCGACACGAUGAGAUCCAAGGCGAGGGCGAGAAAACUGCCCAAAAGUGACAGCGAGAUUGUAAAUAAUAUGUACGAGACCGACCCCGAUCUCCUUGCUGGAGAAAGCGCAGAGGAGGAAACUGAGGACAGUAUAAUGUCCCCCAUCCCUGUGGGACCUCCGUCACCCUUCCCCACCAGUGAGGACUUCACUCCCAAGGAGGGCUCACCCUAUGAAGCUCCCGUCUACAUUCCUGAUGACAUUCCAAUCCCACCAGAUUUUGAACUCAGAGAAUCUUCGAUCCCAGGGGCAGGGCUAGGGAUUUGGGCCAAAAAGAAGAUUGAAGUUGGGGAAAGAUUUGGACCCUAUAUGGCAGUACAGAGGAGCACAUUAAAGGAAACAAACUUUGGAUGGGAGCAAAUACUGACUGAUCCCGAGGUGACCUCCCAAGAGGGCAAUAUUAAAAAGGUUCCCGAUGCCCUGGGCACUGAGAAGUUCUGCGGCGACGCCGGCCAGGGCGGGGCUGGGAACUGGCUGAAGUACAUCCGAGUGUGCUGCUCCUGCGACGAGCAGAACCUGGCUGUGUGCCACAUCAACGAGCAGGUCUAUUAUAAAGUUAUUAAAGAGAUUGAGCCGGGAGAAGAGCUGCUGGUGUGUCUGAAGGAAGGAGGUUAUUCCCUGGGGAACAUGGCACCCAGCAUGGAAGAGGAGCCCUCGUUCCGCUGCGAGGACUGCGAUGAGCUGUUCCAGUCCAAGCUGGACCUGCGGCGCCACAAGAAGUACGGCUGCGGGGCCGUGGGGGCCCUCUACGAGAGCCUCAGCAACGAGAUCAAGCAGGAGGGCCUCGCAGAUGGACAGAUCUACGAGUGCAAGGACUGUGAGAGGAUGUUCCCCAAUAAAUACAGCCUGGAGCAGCACAUGGUGAUCCACACCGAGGAGAGGGAGUACAAGUGUGACCAGUGUCCCAAGGCUUUCAACUGGAAAUCCAACCUGAUUCGUCACCAAAUGUCUCACGACAGUGGGAAACGGUUUGAAUGUGAAAACUGUGUUAAGGUGUUUACGGACCCCAGCAACCUCCAGCGGCACAUCCGCUCGCAGCACGUGGGGGCGCGGGCCCACGCCUGCCCCGACUGCGGCAAGACCUUCGCCACCUCCUCGGGCCUCAAGCAGCACAAGCACAUCCACAGCACUGUCAAACCUUUCAUAUGUGAGGUCUGUCACAAAUCCUACACGCAGUUCUCCAACCUGUGCCGCCACAAGCGGAUGCACGCGGACUGCCGCACCCAGAUCAAGUGCAAGGACUGCGGGCAGAUGUUCAGCACUACCUCCUCCCUCAACAAGCACCGGCGCUUCUGCGAGGGCAAGAACCAUUACAGCCCCGCCGGCAUCUUCGCCCCCGGCCUCCCCCUCACGCCCACCUCCAUGAUGGACAAAUCCAAACCCUCUCCCAACCUCAACCACGCCAGCCUGGGCUUUAACGAGUAUUUCCCGUCCCGCCCGCACCCCGGCGGGCUCCCGUUCUCGCCAGCCCCCCCAGCCUUCCCCGCCCUCACCCCGGGAUUCCCGGGGAUUUUUCCACCUUCUCUGUACCCCAGGCCUCCCUUGUUACCGCCCACGCAACUGCUCAAAAGUCCCCUCAACCACACUCCGGACGCGAAGCUCCCCAGCCCCCUCGGGAACCCGGCGUUGCCCCUGAUCUCCGCGGUGAGCAACAGCAACCAGGCUCCUUCAGGGGAGGAGAAAUGUGAAAGCAGCCUGGAGAACUCCUACCUGGAGAAGCUAAAAGCCAGGAACAGUGACAUGUCCGAUGGCAGUGACUUUGAGGAUGUCAAUACGACCACGGGCACGGACCUGGACACCACGACUGGCACCGGCUCUGACCUGGACAGUGACGCGGAGAGUGACAGGGACAAAACGAAAGACAAGAGCAAACAAAUGGAGACCAAGCCAGAUUUUGUCAGCAGCUCGGUGUCUGCCAGUUCCACCAACACCACGAGCGAGAUCCCUCUCUUCUAUUCUCAGCAUUCCUUCUUUCCUCCCCCCGAGGAGCACCUGCUGCCCACCACGGGCGCUGCCAAUGACUCUAUUAAAGCUAUCGCCUCUAUUGCAGAGAAGUAUUUUGGGCCUGGCUUUAUGGGGAUGCAGGAGAAAAAGAUGGGUUCACUCCCGUAUCAUUCCAUGUUCCCUUUCCAGUUCCUCCCCAAUUUCCCCCACUCCCUCUACCCUUUCACGGAGCGGACCCUCAAUCACAACUUGCUGGUCAAGGCAGAACCAAAGUCACCCAGGGACCUCCACAAAGUCGGUGGCACCAGCUCGGAGUCCCCCUUCGAUCUCACCACGAAGCCAAAAGAGAUUAAGCCAAUCCUGCCGCCUCCCAAGGUCCUCCCAGCCCCGUCCUCAGGGGAGGAGCAGCCACUGGAUCUGAGCAUUGGCAACCGCAUCCGAGCCAGCCAGAACGGAGGGAGAGAGCCACGGAAAAACCACAUUUAUGGGGAGAGGAAGCUGAUGGCAAGUGAGGUCUUACCUAAGAUUUCCCAGUCCCAGCUGCCUCAGCAGCCUUCCCUGCACUACGCUAAGCCAUCGCCCUUUUUCAUGGACCCCAUCUACAGCAGGGUGGAGAAGCGGAAGGUGACAGACCCCGUGGGUGCCCUCAAGGAGAAGUACCUGCGACCCUCCCCGCUGCUUUUCCACCCCCAGAUGUCGGCCAUCGAGACGAUGACGGAGAAACUGGAGAGCUUUGCAGCCAUGAAGGCCGACUCUGGCUCGUCCCUGCAGCCCCUUCCCCACCACCCCUUCAACUUCCGAUCGCCGCCGCCCACGCUCUCCGACCCCAUCCUGCGCAAGGGCAAGGAGCGCUACACCUGCAGGUACUGUGGCAAGAUCUUCCCACGCUCAGCCAACCUGACGAGGCAUCUGCGGACACACACUGGGGAGCAGCCUUACAGGUGUAAAUACUGUGACAGGUCAUUCAGCAUUUCCUCCAACCUGCAGCGGCACGUCAGGAACAUCCACAACAAGGAGAAGCCAUUCAAGUGCCACCUGUGCAACAGGUGCUUUGGGCAGCAGACCAACCUCGACAGGCACCUGAAGAAGCACGAGCACGAGAACGUUCCAGUGAGCCAGCACUCCGGAGUCAUCACCAACCACCUCGGGACCAGCGCCUCCUCCCCCACCUCGGAAUCAGACAACCAUGCACUUUUAGACGAAAAAGAGGAUUCCUAUUUCUCGGAAAUCAGAAAUUUUAUUGCCAAUAGCGAGAUGAAUCAAGCGUCGGCUUUAGCGGAUAAAAGGCCAGAAAUCCAGGAUAUUGAUGGCAAUUCCCAGUGCCACGGACUGGCAAACGAGAAGACAGAAGAUGUGGACGAUGAGGACGAAGAACUGGAAGAGGAAGAUGACGACAGCCUGACUGGGAAGUCCCAGGACGAGACGGCGUCGCCCACGGCAGAGCCCCGGGGAGCAUUCGAGGAUGAGGAGGAUGAGGAGCCCACGUCUCUCACCAUGAGCUUUGACCACACCCGAAGGUGUAUUGAGGAGGACGAAGCCGGCCUGUUAGAUUUGGAGCAGAUGCCGAAUUUUGGGAAGGGGCUGGAUCUCCGCAAAGCGGCCGAGGAAGCAUUUGAAGUUAAAGAUGUGUUUAAUUCCACCUUAGACUCUGAGGCAAUAAAACAGACUCUGUACAGGCAGGCUAAAAACCAGGCUUAUGCAAUGAUGCUGUCCCUGUCUGAGAACGCUCCCCUCCACACGUCCUCCCAGAACUCUCUGGGGGCUUGGCUGGACAUGGCAGGAGCAGCUUCAGAGUCGGGGACCUUUAACCCCAUCAACCACCUCUGAGAGGUCCACAAGGCACUGGCCAGAGCCCAGGUGAGGCAGUGGUGGUGCUGCAGCCAUCCCAGCAAAAUCCCAGCGAGCAGAAGAUGGAUGAGAGGGCCUCAGGGAGUCGUCUGGACUUUGGGCUGAGAAGGAAACCUGUCACAUCUGACCUACACGUCCUGCAUUUUUAUCUCUCUAGAGUUUUCCUUUCUAAUUUAUCACAAUGAACCUCUCCCAAACUGGAUAACCCUGAAGCAGCCCCAGGAUUUCACAGCCUGUAGGAAUAGCAUGAGCAAGACACGAAUUGCAACAGGGCAAUCAAAGAUUGGCCCCUCCAACCUUCCAAACCAGUGUCACUGAGCCAGCACAGCCUGAGCAGGAGCGACAGCUUGGAACCACAGGGCAGCAUUUCCUUCCCAUCCAGCUGCAUGGUGAAGCACCAAGGGAAGAGAGCCAGGUGUGACCUGUCCCCGCUGCAACUGUGACACAGCCACUGGAGUUAUGUCAGGGAAAGGCAAACUCAACGCACUUAACUGACCCCCACAAAAGAAUUUGGAAUUCUGUACUCCCACAGAAACACCAUCCUGUCCUUUGCUCCCAGCAAACACUGGCACAGUGCAAAGCUCCUCCAAGGUGAGGCCACGUUGCCUGCAGUCCUCGUGAGCCACAUGCAGCUCCCAGCCUGGAACAGUGCUGAGGCUGGGGUGACAGAUGUGUCACACGGACAUGGAUGGUCCCCUGUGCCCUGAGCGAGGCUGGGAGAGCUCCCUGCCCCUCCUGGUUCCUGUGGGAGUGCCUGGGACAGAGCCAGCAUGGUGGAACUCCUGGAAAUGCUUGGAUUUGCCUAAGAAGAGAGGUCACAGGGUAAAGCUCUUCCUGGUUGUGCAUAAGGAAACGUGUGCUGGGCAAACCCAGGGCAGCUCAGACACAUCUGCUCAUGUGUCAGGGUUUCAGGGUGACAUCACCCUGUGCUGAUGGUAUCUGUGGCACAGAUCUCUGAUUCACACCGUUGGUUUGGCCUGGUUUUCCCUCUGCACUGCCUGCUGCUGCUUGGCCUGUAAUUUAAGUAGAAAGAUGAACAUUUCCAUGCUCCAGCAGCCUCAGGGGUGCAGAACAUGGAGAUAAGAAUCCAGCUGUCUCUCUGACUAAAACUUCUCAUAGAGAUUUUAUGAGUGAUUUCCAAUCACUUUCAAACCUCAUCUUGUCUACUGAUACACAGCAGCCUCCACAAAUCCUGGGGGCUUUGUGCUGUUCUCUGCUGCAAUUCCCAGCCUCUGUUGGAGCAGGGAAUUUGGAGAUGACAUUCCUUUUGGGAAUGGUUGGGAAAGCCAUGGAAAAGGGCAGAUGGAGGGUUCUAGGCCGGUCUAGUGUGGGAAGCCUCAUUCCAGCAGGCCAAAACAAUGGAACAAGCUCCCUGAGCAAAGCAGAGUCAGAGUUGGGUGUGACACCUUUGCAAGUCAGCUUUGCACCCAAGAGCACAUGUGAGGCUGAUUUUGGGGAGCCUCAGAGUGCCCCCCCAGGAAAGCAUCCAGGGUGGCUUUGGUACAGAGGGAACAAAAGGUAAAUUAGCAACAGUGUGUUUUCCCAAGAAAAUUUACCCUCCCUUUUUUGGUUUUCCACAACAUCCUGUGAAAGUGCCCAAGGCUCUGAGAGCACCAGGCGGUGUGACCGAGCUGCUUCAUGUAUUUGCACAAAGCUCCUGGGUAGGAGAGCCAACCCUGCCGGAGGAAUCCCGGCUCUGUGGAGGAGAGGGACAGCCCUGUCCCAUCCCAUCCCGUCCCAUCCCAUCCCAUCCCAUCCCAUCCCAUCCCAUCCCAUCCCAUCCCAUCCCUCCCAU